AGCGAACGCGCGCAUAGGGAGGAAUCGCUUCCGCGCGCUGCCGGGCUGAGGCCGGGAAGUCGCGGCGGUAGCAGCAGCGAUCGGAGCCCAGCAGCGGGACCGGCCAUGUGAGAGAUUCCCCGCCGCCCCAGCACAACACUAGAUUUGUAAUGAAAUGGAGUCUGGGACAAACUCUUUUCGAGUGGAAUUUCCUGAUUUUUCUAGCACCAUUUUGCAGAAGUUGAACCAGCAGCGCCAGCAGGGACAGUUAUGUGAUGUUUCCAUUGUAGUUCAGGGCCAUCUGUUCAGAGCCCAUAAAGCUGUCCUUGCAGCCAGCUCACCUUACUUCUGUGACCAAGUACUCUUAAAAAAUAGCAGGCGAAUAGUCCUUCCGGAUGUGAUGAAUCCAAGAGUGUUUGAGAAUAUCCUUCUGUCUACUUAUACGGGACGGUUGGUGAUGCCUGCUCCAGAAAUUGUCAGUUAUCUGACAGCAGCAAGUUUCCUUCAGAUGUGGCAUGUAGUAGACAAAUGCACUGAAGUGUUAGAAGGGAACCCAACAGUUCUCUGUCAGAAGAUGAAUCAUGGCAGUGAUCAUCAGUCCCCAAGCAGUAGUAGCUAUAAUGGACUUGCUGAAACCUUUGAGCUGGGCUCUGGAGGACAGCCAGACUUCCACAAAGUGCAAGAGCUGAGGGACGGUGAAAAUGAAGAAGAAAGCUCUAAAGAUGAGCUGUCAUCUCAGCUAACAGAACAUGAGUACCUUCCCAGUAAUUCUUCAGCAGAACACGACAGACUCAGCACAGGAAUGACAAGUCAGGAUGGUGAAGAGGGAGCCAGCGACAGUGCAGAGUGUCAGUAUACAAGGCCUAUCUAUAGCAAACCCAGCAUCAUGUCACACAAGCGUUGGAUCCAUGUGAAACCAGAAAGAUUUGAACAGGACUGUGAAGGUGUAGAUGCACAUACUUAUGAUGAGCACCAGGUGUCUGAAUCCAUGAAUGUCAUUCAGACAGAGCAUUCUAUCCAGUCUUCAGGAGUUGAAGACUUUCACGUAAGUGACAAAAAGAUGGAGGCAGAAUUUGAUGAACAGGCUGAUGAAAAUAACUAUGAUGAGCAAGUUGAUUUCUAUGGCUCUUCUAUGGAAGAAUUUUCUGGUGAAAGGGCAGAUGGAAAUCUAAAUGUUCACAGACAAGAUGUUAUGAUAGCAGCAGGGUAUGGUGAGAGCAUUGAAAUGGCUACAGGAAUUAAAGAAGAAACCACCCUCUCUGGAUUCUCACCUACUGACAAACUAUAUCCUUGUCAAUGUGGUAAAAGCUUUACACACAAGAGUCAGAGGGAUCGGCACAUGAGCAUGCACCUGGGUCUUCGGCCUUAUGGUUGUGGUGUCUGUGGUAAGAAAUUCAAAAUGAAACAUCACCUUGUCGGCCAUAUGAAAAUCCACACAGGCAUAAAACCUUAUGAGUGUAAUAUCUGUGGGAAAAGAUUUAUGUGGAGGGACAGUUUUCAUCGGCAUGUAACUUCUUGUACUAAGUCAUACCAAGCCUCCAAAGCUGAGCAGAAUACUACUGAGAUGAACUAAAACAUAAGACUUAUAAUUGUUUAGCAGAGUAAGCAAAAUAAACUAAUUAUGCAAAUAUUGUCUGGUACUUGCUAUUGUGAAAUUUAAGGUUUUGGUUUUUUCAAGUUCUAAGGAUGUUGCUGAUACAGGUGUGAGCAGACCAAAUUUUGUCCAUCUACUGUCUCCACUGCAGGUGCUUCAACCCUGCCCUGAUGGGACCCCUUUAGAGGUGAGAGGGAAGUUCAAAUCUCCAUGGCUUAUUCAUAGGACCCUCUGCUGAGACUGUAACUAAUGAGGCCACUUGUGGUGAUGUUUUUUGUUAAUAUAUUAUUGCUGUUAUUUAUUGUUUCACAGUAGUGCUCAAGGGCUCUGAUGGAGGCUCCAUUGUGCUAAGAGUUAAAUAAACAUUCUGUAAGUUCCAGACCCAAAACCCACAAUCUUAAAGCCUCAAUCCUGCAAACACUUACUCCUGUGCUUAACUUUAUGCAUGAGAAGGUGGCAAUAAGGGUAGCAGUAGCACAAGAUUGCAUACGUUAGCUAUGUGUAGAAAUUGCAGGAUUCAGGUGUUUUUGUUUUAAAUAAAUGAAUAAAGGAUUUUAGUUAUAUAGAACUUGCUGUCAGCAGGGAACUGAACAGAUGUCACCAACUUACUUAACAUGGGUCAUUAAACAGCCUUCAGAUAGCUAUAUUUUUUAGUGAAAAGCCACUUUUUGUGUCAGGCCUUCCUUUACUUGUUUGUUUACCCAUUUUUUCCUCUGGCAGAGUGUCUGGUUCUGUCUAGUUACUGGGCCUAGUUCUAUUUGUUCAUUUUUGUAAAGCACUUGGAUAUAUCAUGAUGUGUGCUGCAUACAUUUAAGAGACAGUUACAUUAAAACUUCAUUUGUUUAUACCCCUGCAAUAUAUAAUGUUAAAGUCGGUUGGGCUGUCUUUCAACCUUGGCGGCUGCCACAUCGUAAGAGAACUUGUGGAAGUGUGUGUAGCAAGAGGGCAUUUUAUCAAAAUGUUUUUAUUUUUUUAAGUGCAUAGUUGGUAUUAUUCCAACACUCAAUAAAGCCUUUAACCUAUAGCUCAAGUUUCAGAUUUUCAUGGCUUACUGCAGUAGCAAGUACCAAACUCACUGUAUAAUACAGGCUUGUUUUCUUGGUACUAAAACUUGUUUGAAAAUUUCUAUCCUUUUAAAUCUGAAGAGCUAGAGACUUGCUUCAGGAAGUUCUUAUUAGUCAUUGAUAAACUGGUAUUUAAAUAUUUAAUCCUCUACUGGUUGAACAGUGGGGUCCAUAAUACAUGUUCUUGAUUGUCAACUACUGUGACUCUGAUCCCAUUGAAAGGCACAAGCAGGUCAGAGCUGUUUUCUUUCCAAAUGAAGGCCCUAGCUGACAAACAAUUUAAAUUACCCUAGUUGGAUCCCAUUUAAUUGUACAGUGGGAUGUGCACAAGUUUCAAGUUUAUGAGCAAUUUCUGGAUUCUUAGUUGUGGGAAGGUGGCACUGGUGUGCUAUGAGGAGGAUGUAUUAUACACUGGACUCAUGCUCUAGCAGAUGGAGCAUUGUCGUAGUUCUGGGAGAUUUUGACAACCAUCCAGGCUAGAGGGAAUGCAUCAGUUGUGAAGGUGGAGAUAAGAUUUAAGAUGGGGGUUGAAGAAGGCAGCUCAAAAUGGUUGAAAGCCUUUGCAUUCCUACUCAGAAGCAGUUAACAUACAAUGUAGUUUACCUGGUGUAAGAAUGAAAGAGCCUCUUUAGCAUACACUGUGGUCACGAUCAGAAGAGGUGAGUCUACAUACAUGUAGCCCUCUUCCAGCGCGGGUAACUUGUAACAAAAUAGUUACCCAGCACCAAAUGGCUACCAAACAUGACUGGCCCCAAGUUGCAUCCAGAUUCUACAAUCUGUAGAAUCAUGGAACUAAAAUACGAAAUGACCCAUUAUGUUAAAGCCACACGCAUAAACAGAUAAUUCCCCGUUUAGCUGUUUUUCGUCUUUAUCUGCUUAACAGCCCAAUUAAAAAAAUAUUUUAACAUCUAACCAAACUGUAUCCUGAACAUGAAUGUCUGACGCACAGGUGAGCUUCAUUACUUGGUGGGCUAUUACUGCAACUCAUUGGCAUAUUACUUAAAUUUAAGUAAAAAUGAGUUUUUUAAAGGCUCUCAAAUUUUACUCUAUCAAUUCUUCAGAUAUUUUUCAUGCAGAAUUUUGAGUACAGAACAUGAGUCCAUUGCUGGCAAUGGACAUACAAAUGGUCAGCACUUGUUCUUAGCACUUACUUGAACUCUACAUCGAAGCAGAGUGGGGGUGAUGAUUGCUGUCUAACCCAUGUACUCAAGGUAACUAAACAGGGAUCUGUUCACGAACACUGUAACCUGAUCAAUGUAUAGAAGCACUUUGUAUUUAAAAAUCUUUAUACAUAUUUUUUACAUUUAGAAAUUAUAUGGUCCCUCUAUGGUUUCUUUCCACAUUUACACACUCUAUUUAAUAUUGAAAUUUAUAAUGGUAGCAGGUUAUUUCCUUGUGUGUUUACAUGACUGUAGGCAGAGAGUUCCUUUCCCCACCUCCUUACCACAUACAGGGAGUACUUUUUGUGAGUUUUAUGGUUCCAUUUGGAGGAGAUAAUGCUCCUGUUCUCUUCAAGAUUGUUCUAGUACAGUGGCUGUCAUUCUUUUCUAUACUGUGACCCCCCCCCAAAGGACAACAGAGAAGAUCUGGGGACCCAUCUGGCCAUAAAAAAGAGGGUGGUUCAAACCCCAGGUUGAGAACCCAUGGUCAAAUAACAAAGUAUACUUCCAUCAGACUCAGACCACCCUACAGAGCUGCCUAUGAAGCCCUUUCAUUUACCGGCUUGAGAUGAUUUUUAUAUGGGACUUUUAAAAGUUAACUUUAAAUAGGAGUAAUGUUUAGAUAACUUUGAAAUAGAGCUUUAAAAUAAUGUACUAAGAGACACUUUAAAGGUUUUAUACAGGUGUAGUAGGUGUGUGUGUGUGUAUGCUUUUAAUGACUUUUCAUGAAUAGUAACUCUAACAUCUAAUCCUGUUCUGUCCAAUAGGUUGUGACAUUUUGUGUUGAAAUUCUAACAUAUUUGACUCCAUUAACAUUUGUAAUCCUUGACACUUGGAUUUUUGGUAUUAAACCACGUUAAAUGCUUUGGUUACAGGUAGAUGUUGUCUUAAUUUGGGGGGUUGGGGCAGGAAGUGGUAAGUGGCUCUCCAGAAUCCUCACUUCUAUAUGAUUCACACUUAACUAACUAAAACAAGAAAGGCUGGAUGCAGCUUCUUCUAGAGCUUAUAAGCACCACUGUCAGGAUGGCCUUGUACAAGGGAUAAAAGAUGCAUUCUGGUCUGGGAAACAAGGGAUCCACUUAAUAUAUAUUUUAAGGUGAAUGUUAUGCAUUUAUGCUUAUGCUUUAUAAUUUUAGAUGAGACCAUUUAAAAACAUAGUUUUGUUAAUUUUUUUUAUCCUUCCCUUAAAUAUUCCCUCUUUUUGCUAGUAGACAUUAGCAGAGGGGAUGUUUUAUUAACACCUGAAUCAUUGUAGAGAGAUAAGAAGUGGUAACAAUUUCAGAAUCUUCUGUUACUGAGAGUCCACUGCAUGGCCUGCUGGUGAUGAGAACUCCUAAGGAGACUAAAGUUAAAUUCCUUCCAAUUCCAUCUCUAGGUUUCUAAGAUCAUCAUUACCCAUGGUAUCUAAGCAAUUGAAAUUCUGACAUACAGUCUCCUGCAGUCAUAGUGACAAGUACCUGACUUCUUUUCUCAGUGGAGCUGUGAAUCUGUCAGGAGUCGUUUUUCUCCUUUUUUGGGUUUAUAUAUUAGCAUUCCCAUUUUGCACACUAGUAUUUAAAUAAAUAAAAAAAAGGCACCACCUUCCCAGUUUCAAGUAGCAACCAUUGUUGAUCGCUUCAUGGACAAGUAGAGAGACCCUAGAUGGUACUACUGGAAGAUCUUUGGUCUCAAUUUUCCCUCAGAUGUAGCUUCCCUGUCAGGACUGAUAAAAUACCACACAUCAGAGGCCAGGAGGGAGCUCUGAGAUUGCCAUAUUUCAGUGUCUUUUAUUGUAAGGUCCAUACUUCACAUCACUGUACUUCUGGACAUGAAAGAAUGGACAUCCUUCAGACCACCUAAAGUGAACAUUAUUGGGCUGGUGCCAGAGAGCUAACCCAUCUUUGAAUCCUGAGAGCCAGCAGUUUUGUAUUUAGUAUCAUCUUUAUUUAGCAGAGUUGGAAGUUUUCUCAAAACAGCAAAGGAAGGUUGCUACUUUCCUCCUUUUAAUUAUAUUUAACUGGCUAGUUAGAGUUUUUAGUUUAAAAGCUCUAAGCUGUCUGUGGCCCAAGGGGAGAUGCUGGAAAACCAAUCUAUUUUUAAUGUGAUGAAAUUAUCAGACUUUGAUAACUUUGCUUGAAGCCUGUGUCAUAAGUCAAUUGCUGCUGCUUUUUUGUUCUCCAAGGGAUCUUUCUUCCAGAAAUGUAACUGUUUAUGCAAGUGAGCUACAAAAGUUUUUAUUAUAAACAAAAUGUCAUUUAUAAUAGUAAAAUUGCAUAUCUUAUUGAUACUUUGUGAGAUGUUAUGCCUGUAUUGCAAAGGUUGGAUAAUUUUGUCUAUAUAAUAUUGCUGUCCUAAUUGCACAGCAUGGUUUUACUUAAUUUAAUGUUGCUGUUUAAUAUUUUCUUCUUAUAGAAGAGCUCCAUGCCCUUUUUGGUAUAACAUGUUUUAAUAAAUGUUAUCUGUCAACUUUG